AUGCAGCAGCAGCAGCAGCAGCACAUGCAGCCGCAGCAGCAGCAAUACUUGCAGCAGCAGCAGCUCCACCCGCAGCAUGCACAGCAGCAGCACAUGCAGCCGCAGCAGCAGCAAUACUUGCAGCAGCAGCAGCAGCAGCAAGUCCCUGUAGCUCUAGAGGAUUUGUACGCGUCACUUAAGGACCCUCUGGGGCUAAUGCAGCAGCAGCAGCAGCAGCAGCAGCACUAG